AUGGGGUAUGAAGGAAAAUUGGUGAAAUUAGUUGUCCAAAAAGUGUUGAAUGAGCUGAAGAAAGAGUUUGAGCUGGUUAUUCCCGAUAAUUUGGUUGGAAUUGAUAGUCAUGUGAAGAACGUUAUGGAAUUUCUAGAUAACAAUUCUAGUGCUACCCUAUUUGUUGGCAUCCAUGGAAUGGGAGGCAUUGGUAAGACAACUCUUGCUAAAACCAUCUACAACACGCUCUCCAGUAAAUUUGAGUAUUGUAGCUUCAUUGCUGAUAUUAGGGAAUCAUGCAAGCGUAAUGGCAUUGAGUACUUACAUAAUAAGUUAAUCUCGGAUAUAUUGAAGCAAAAAAAUCAAGUUUAUAGUAAGGAUGAAGGGACCAGAUUCCUCUCAUCCAAGUUUGAAGAUAAGAAAGUCCUCAUUCUUUUUGAUGAUGCGGACGAUGAUGAUCAGUUGAAGGCUUUGGUUGGAAAUCAUAAUUGGUUUUCGCCUGGAAGUAGGAUCCUUAUUACCACCAGAAACAAGGCUAUUCUUGACAAUGCUACAGUGGACUUCAACUAUGAACAUGAGGAAAUGGAUGGACCUCGCGCAUGA